AUGGAUACCAGUGGUACUUAUCAGACUCGUGGCUCAUAUUUUAACGAAGAGGAGCCCGAAUUAACUCCAGAACAAGAUCGUCGCCGUCGCAUUCGGCGUUAUAUAGUCUUAAGCAUAAAGAUGGUCAUAUUUCUUUUCAUAUGGAUAUUCUUUGUGGUUAAUAUGUGUAUUAAGUCAAAAACGGUUGUGCAGGAGAGAGUUGUGGCCUUAGAGCAGAAAUCAACAAAGUAUCUGGAUGUCAAUGGAAAGCCGAAAAAUAAUAAGAUAAAGGUUAAGUUGAAUGGAAAUUUCGAUGUGGAGGUCACCAAUUAUCCAAGUCUGGCAGCAGAUUCCCAAAAAUAUUUAUUAAUGAGCGUGCAAAUCUUCAAUACUGAUUUGAACCGAACGGAACACUUGUCGAAAAAAUGGAUCGUCUAUUUUAUGAAAUAUGCCCAGUCACGUUCGCAUUUAGCUAAUGUGCAAUACUUUUUUGAGUUGAAGCCUCAAUACCCAGAUAGUCCAGAUAUCGCGACUAUAUCCACAGGCGAUCAAUAUGUAACUCAGGUGGUAUUGCAGAAUCCCAUCAAUGAUAUAUUUGCACUCAAAAUCAGAAUUAAUGUCAGUCCGGUGGAGCUGGUAUACGGCGUUCUCACAGCAGGUAUAUUGCUUUUUUCUCUAUAUGCAGUUUUAAUCCUGGAUAUUACGGAUCCCACAUUUGCCGCCGUCCUCAUUGCGUCGUGCGCGAUUGGAGUGCUGUGUAUGUACGAUGACAAGCCAACAUUGAACCAAAUAGUGUCAUGGAUCGAUAUCCACACAUUGGUGCUGCUCUUUGGCAUGAUGAUAAUGGUGGGCAUUAUAUCGGAGACCGGCUUCUUUGGCUACCUCGCGGUGCUGGCCUAUCGUCUGUCCAAGGGGCGUGCCUGGCUGCUGGUGGGCCUCCUCUGCCUGAUCAGCAUAAUACUGGCCGGAUUCCUGGAGCUGGUCACCAUAAUGAUGAUAAUGGGGCCCGUUGUGAUCCGACUGUGCGAGUGCAUGAACCUGCGCACCACCACUGUGAUGAUCUGUGUGGCGAUCUUCUCGAACAUUGGCUGCGCACUGACGCCCAUUGGGGACCCACCAAUUGUGUACAUUGCGACGAACUCCCAUGUCAUGGCCAAGGGUGUCGACUUCAGCAUGUUCCUCAUUCACAUGUUUCCGGGCGUGGUGCUGAGCAUUUUCGCUGCUUGGACGUACAUUUAUCUGAUGCUGCGCAAGGGCCUGACCCAGGGUGCCGAGGAGCAGACGAAUAACUCGCUGAGGCUCCUAGCCAAGCGAAUGGGUGACGGGCAAGCUCCACCACUGCUGGCCAUGCGCAUGGCAGACCCAAAGUCCAAUCCGAGAAAGUAUUCGGAAUCCGCAGUUUUUCGAAUCAUGGCUGCCUCCAACUACAUUGAGACGCUCGCCAUGAUGGAGUCCAAGUACAAGGUGCACGACAAGCCGUUACUUAUCAAGAGCGUUCUUUCUUUCCUAUUCGCCAUAGUGCUGUGGUUGCUGCACUCGCAUCCGUUCUUUGAGGGCGCCACUCUGGCCUGGACUGCUCUGAUGGCCUCGAUGCUGCUGCUGAUACUCUACGAUUCGCCGGACUUGAGCGCUGUGUUCAUGCGGGUCGACUGGUCCAUGCUGUUGUUCUUCUCCGCACUGUUCGUGCUCGUCGAGGCCUGCUCGGAGCUGGGCCUGAUCCAUUGGCUGUCUAAGCUAACGAUCAACAUAAUCGCGCAUGUGGAUCCGAAAUAUCAGGUCGUUACAGCCAUUAUGCUUGUCCUGUGGAUAAGCGCGUUCUUCGGGAUUUUCAUCGAGAGCAUUCCAAUUGCCACAGUGCUGCUCAAGCUCACCAUCCAAGUGGCCCUCAGCGAGCGGAUCAAUAUACCCUUGAUCCCAAUGAUAUGGGCUCUCACCUAUUCGAUAUGCUUCGCCGGCAACGGCAGUUUGUUUUCGACCACGGCAAAUGUGGCCGCCACUAGCAUUGCCCACCAGCAUGGCUAUAAGAUCACCUCUUCCGAGUUCUUCAAGUAUGGCUUCCCCGUCAUGAUAAUCACCAACAGUAUUGCUUCAGUUUAUCUGCUCAUCGCCCACGGAAUUUUCCAUUGGCACUAG